AUGCCGGCCGACGGGGAACCCAACCCAACCCCGACGGAAACGCCGAAUUUCAAUGGCACCUUCCUAGCCUUCCUCAUUGUCUGCGGUGCUCUUGCCGUCUUCUUCCUCCUAUACUUCAACCGAGCCUUUGGGUCGCUAUUGUCAUGGGGCAUACGAACGUACACAUGGCAUCGUUACCGCGUCUACAUCGACAUACAGGCCCUUCAAGUGUCUCUGCUUGGUGGACGUAUAUUCUUCACGGGUUUGCGAUAUCACGGCAACAACGAAACGUUCCUUGUUCAGCAUGGCUAUGUUACAUGGCGCUACUGGCUGCGGCGGGUGCGGGAAGUGGACAUCAAGGCCUCGGCACAACAGCAAGCUGAGCAAGCGUCUGCGGCUACGAACGGGAGGCACUCGAACUUGCCCUGCCGUGUGACCAUGUCUUUGGUUGGGUUGGAAUGGUUCAUAUACAACAGAAGUCCGGCCUACGACAGCGUGUUGGCUGGGCUCAAGGAACCUACCGCAACUGCCGAUAAUGCGACGACGGGCUUUGAGUCAAAAGACGAUAAUGCUUCUCUAAGAAACCGAGGGCAGAGGGUCUCUGAAAAGUCAGAUCCGUCUCAAGACUCUUCGGCACAUGAAAAGGAGAGUUCUGGCGCCGCUCUGCUGUCAAGACUAGGAAAUACCCUCGGCCGCCGGGGAUCAUCGGCCAGCAAGCCGAGUACACCAUCUGAUGCACCAGAGGAGAGCGAUGACGCUGUCCAGUCAGACUCCGAUCUGCCAUUCCUUCUGCAGCUCUUCCCAAUCUUUGUGACGUGCCAGAAGGCGGCUGUGGUUAUGGGAAACGACAACACCAAGGCCAUCUUGAUUGUUAAGGCCGAUGGCCUGUCGGGGGAGAUAGAUGCCUCAAAGACGUCCACUCCCGAUCCAUACAGACAGAUUUUCAAGAUCAAGUUCCAGCAUCCGAUCGUAGAAAUGAGGGAGAACGAGGAAUUCAAAGAGGACCAGGCGACAAGGGCAAACCGCGAGAAAAUGGUUGCGCAGGAACCCAGCCCAACGUACAAAACCUCUUUUUUCCGACGACAACGACGCCGCGCACUUGGAACACUGCGAAACCUCGUACCAUACUGGAGGAAAUCUGUGGAAUCCUUCUCCUUAGGCUCGCGAAGUCCACUCACCACCGCCAUCUCACAAAUACCGGGGUCCAACCACUGGCAAGGUCUGGCGCGCUACUUGGACGAGGACGAGCAAGACUCAAGGCUACGGUGGGCAGGUGUUGAGUAUGCCGCCGAGUCCACCGUAGUGGACAGCCCGGAGGCAACACUGACCAUAUACUGGGAUGUUGUGGGCAAAGUGACAGCUGAAGCGGCUAGCAGUCGUUCUGACGAAAAUGCAGCGACGUACAUCAACGGCGACGAAGCUCCCGCAUGGGGCAUGAUUAUAGCUAUCAAGGGCGGUGUGGUAAACUACGGACCCUGGGCCGAUCGUCAGAGAGCGGACCUCCAGCGCGUCUUCGUUCCCAGCUUGUGCAAGGAUGCGGUUCCUGCGACCCCCUUGGCCGAGGGUGAAUAUCGAGUUCCUACUCAGUUUAAAUUGUUCGUCGAGUUAGAUGACGAGGUGACGCUUCGGAUACCCAUCCGAGAAGACUCCAAAAACUGGAAGUGGAAGGGCAAAGAGCCCCCUAUGAAGUCUCCGUCGCCUCCACAGAAGCGGAAGCAAAGGAACCGCGCAAAGAAGAACAGCAAGACCGACGCUGCGCCCAUCCGGCCGGGUGGCUGGCUUGAUCUGAUUGUACCCGGCAACGCCACGAUUUCCUUCACCAUGGAUAUGCUUGCUAGCACAACAGGAUACCAGAUGAAGCUUGAUGUCGACCUGCCUAGCACUGAACUCGCGACCAGCGUCAAUCAUGAGCUUCUCUGGCGCUCAGGACCACAACGCAUAUCUUGUGACCUUUCAAGUCCUCUCAAAUGGAACUCGCUAAGGUCAUGGUACUUCAAUGUCGUCUCCGAGGACAUGGAACUGUUCAUACUACGGGACCACGUUUUCCUCUUGAUAGACUUGGUCGAUGAUUGGGCCUCGGGACCACCAGCCGAGUAUCUGGUCUUCACGCCCUUCAGAUACUACCUCAACCUUGACUUACGCAACGUAACGCUGUACCUGAACGUCAAUGACGGAAACAUCAUCAACAAUCCUACUGAUCUUGAGGACAACGCCUACGUUGUGGCCAAAAGCCCGUCUCUCGUGGCAAACGUCUGCAUUCCGAUCGACAAGUUUCGCCCGAGCAUGAAUGCCGUAUCGUUUGCGCUUGGAGCCGAGAUCUUUUCUCUGUGGCUCCAUGUUCCACCUUGGAACACCCAGGGCACGUUUAUAACGUCAAAAGAGAUAGCACACGGCGAAAACUUCGAGGCCGACGGAAAGUACCAUUACAACGCAACGACGGCACCGUCUAACAUUGACAUCCUGGAGCUGAACCUCGGCCUUCAGUCGCCCACAGCUACGCUGUACGGAUUUAUUAUACGUUACGUUAUGAAACUGAAGGAUAACUAUCUUGGAGACGAUAUUCAUUUUAAAACACUCGAGGAGUACCAGGACCUUUUACGACUGAAAGAACGCAACCCUGAUGCGGAACUGGCCAAUCGCCCGCCACCCAAGAAAACCAACGACUUGGACGUGAUUCUAGGUGUCAAGAUCGAUGAUCUCCGUAUUCUGUUGCCUGCGAACUUGUAUUCCAGCCAGAGACACGUUCAGAUCGAAACAGCCGGCCUCUCUUUAGAUCUCCGAUUCACAAACUACUAUAUGGACUUGCAGGUCAACCUCAACCCUCUCAACCUUUCCCUCGGGAGCGCAGAGUCGGGCAUGGAAACACCUAUUAGUGCUGUGUCUAGCACGCAGUUAUUCAUUGACGGCUUGUCAAUAUUUGGCCAUCGUCUUUUUGGCCUUCCCCCAGCCGAGCCAACGUACCUUUGCAACUGGGAUAUUUCCGUGGGUACGAUUUCGGGAGAAUGCUCCACCGAUUUCUUAGCAGCCCUGAUGAGCGCAGGCAAGGCAUUUGCGUUCGAAUUUGACGAUGACGAGAACGCUUUGAUUCCGCUAUCGUCCAUCAUUGUAUACGACGUAACCUUCUUGCGGGUGGCUGUUGAGUCUGUUCGAGUUUGGUGUCAUGUAGACGAAGCAGCUUUUCUCUUCUCGACUGGUACACUUGAUGUCAAGUUCAACGACUGGGCGCGCACGCAUUACUCCAAACGAGCAGACAUCAUGCUUCCGGAUCUUCAGAUUUCGUGUGUCAACUCGGAAUCGGCUAUGAGGCAUAAAUGGAAAUCCCAGCAGGGCGUCGAAACUGACGCCUUCUUCCAAGCCUCUAUCCGUGUGGCAGUUAUUGGAAGAAAGUUACACUUUUCCGAAGAGCGCAAGUUGCAACAGGAGCUCAUCCGUCGCGAGGAUCAACGGACUGGGCGCACUGAAUUUCUGCUUCUGCCCGGGAUUCUGGAGGAGACGCUUCCGGAUCAGCUUGAUCCGCCUGCCCAGGGCUUUCCUCCAGUUCCUCAUCCAACUGUUUUUGAAGGUGCUGAGGGGGACCAACGAUCCUCCGACAAUCGAUCGACUUUCAGUCGCUCCCAACGCCUUCGUCACAAAAGUUCGUUCUUGUCCACGACCACUACCUCGAGCAGCAGCAGUGUGGUCAGGCCACGGAGUUCUGUGAGAUCGCGGGCUAAAUCCAGACAAUCGGACAUGCUGUACCCUGACAGCCCUGAAGCCAUGAAACGAGGAUUGCAACACCAGCGAGAUGUUUCUACGUCGACUGGUCGCCACUCCGCCUUUUAUAGUGCCAUUGGCGACUUCCGAGACGCCAGUCACCACUCGUCUGUGGCCUUUUCGAGCCAAUUCUAUACCCCGCCGUUUCCCCUCGAGAGCGUUCGGCCUGAUACCUCGGAAGCUGUCAUGCUAAGCAUCGAAGAGGGCGAUGCGCCCUCCGCCUUCAGCUUCCCAGGGUUUGGUCUCAACAACAUCGACCCUGAAUCUUUGGCUGAGGAUCGUGCGCAUAACAGCAUUAUCGUCGAGAUACCCACAGGCCUUACUGCGUUUCUAAAUCCUUCUGCAGUCAAGAAUGUAUCAUUACUGCUUGCUGCUCUACAACCCAGCGAACCAGAUAAUAUUCUUGACAGCCUGCAAAUUUCCUCCAUGACUGAUAUCUUUGACCAUCAGAAGAAGAAGACGGUUCCUGGUGAAAUUACCGACGUACUAUUCAGAGUCCCAAAAGCCAACAUCAGGUUCUUGAAUGCUUCCGCUGUCGACCGCCUCAAUCCUGGCGGACAGGAACAGGACCAGUAUGAUGUGACAGUGUCAAAGCUGUCGCUGUGUCUCCGAUCCACAGAUGCCUGGGAAAACCCAACGGAUCCGGUCAAGAGCAACAAGCGAACAUCGGUACUGCUGAAACUUGGUUCCGCCGACGUAUCGGCGUCGGAACGGCUCUCGGGUGCCAAGGAAAACCAGGCCGCGUUUAUGGCGCAGAUCGAGCGUGUCGUGGUGUCUUUGGGCUCGAAGGACGUUACCUACAUCGACGCGGAAAUCGGGAGCAUCAAGAGCAGCACCGCUUCAGAAAAGAUCGAAUACCUUGCGUCACUUAUCCACAGGAGCGGGGUUGUCGCUUCGGAGCUUGGGGAGACAUUAGAACAGACGAUAUCACGGCACGAGGACCGCGUCAAGCAUUUCGUGUUUAAGCUCAUGACAGAAGGGCAUCCGGUGGGCGACCCGUCCUUCUUGACAAGACCGUCGGCGGUCUUGAGAUCUGCCACAGAGCAUCUGCGGACCUUUGACUCAUGGAAGAUGGCCGCAAGACUUCGUCAGAUAUGGACGCACAUGCCGGUAAACUUCAAAGAUGAUCUGCAGCUCAGUUGCAUUUCUGGAUCAGCAACUCCGCCUUCCGACGCUUCCCAUCGUGUCAUUGAGGCUUUUCAACGAUGGCGUAGCUGGGACUUAUAUGAUGUGGCUGGUUCGUCCUUGAUCAAGAACGUUUUUGGGACAAUCAAUGUUGGCGGCAAAGCUGAAUCACCUGACCUUCCGAUCUUAGCGGCGCUUCGUUUGAAGGAAUUGCAGCUACUUUUAGAUCCGGGGCCCAAGGAAAAUAGGAUCGUCUUUGCCGACUUAACGACACGAAUGGAGAAGAAGACAGCGUCACAGCCUAGUGACAUCGAGACAAGGCCAAAGAGCAUCACCGUUUUGAACGUCUACUGUGGUGAGGCAGCCGUCAUGGUCAACUGGGAACUUUGCGAGCUUGCCGAAGACAUCCUCCGACUUUACAAUAAAUCCAGCCUCGCAAACAAAAACCAUGCAACGCCCAAGCAGGAGAAGGCUGCAGUCGACGAACCAAAACCACAGGACGCCUUCCAUGUUGUACUGGCAAUUGGACGAGGCUCAGUGGAGGUGGACACCAUCAACCUCAGCGCCACGUCUCUUGGCCACAACUUGAAGGUGUCUUGCCUACUUGAUGGAUACCAGAAAACUGGCUCAUCUAUCAACUUCAUCAUUAGCUGCGAUGCCGUGACAUCGCGACUUCACCACCGGUCUGAGUUAUUGGGGAUGUUUCAGCUCAAGGACCCAAGUAUCAUUGUUUCCCACGAGCUUCUCGAGACGGAGACAAAAUCAUGUCACACAAUCAAAUCAACAGCCAGCAGCCGCACUUUGACGCUAGUUGUUAAGCAGGAUCCUCUGUACCUGGUUGAAGUUGCUGAUUACUUGGUCAAAGAUGAAUUGGCGCAGAUCCGCAAGCUUCAGAGACAGUUGCCGGAGUCGCCAGCACCCCCUCGUAGGAACAGCGUCAAGAUUGCUGAACGGCUCUCAUCGUUCCGUGUCAAUGUCGCUAUGUUCCUAGAUGAGUACCGCAUCAGCGUGCCGUUGUUGCAAUCAAUGACCUACGACAUUUCGGGCGUUGUAGCGCGAGCAGCGGUAGCAGCCAAUUUUGGAAAGGAGCUCAUCUUCGACUUUGAUGUCAAGGAGAACUCCCACGAAAUCAGGAUGGAUGUCAGAAACCAGCCGCGCAGUAUAUCGCUCCUCCGAAUCCCGCCGACCAACGGCCGGAUAGUUAGUCACAUGUGCCCGGGGGAGCACUCAGUCUCCGUGUUCGGCUCCGUCGAGCUUAUGCAGCUGGACGCUUCCGCGGUGUACAGUCUGUUGACGGCUCUGAACCGACCACAAAUAUCAAGUGCCAUCAGCGAGCUGCAAGAGGGCACAAAGGCAAUUCAGGGUCACAUCAGCGACAUUUUCGGUGAAACGCCAGCCCCCAAGGAAGCACCGCCUCCAGCGCAGGUGUCAAACCUGGUCUAUACCGUCCAUCUCACUCUGGCUGGUAUUGAGGUCUUUGGGAAGACACCGCUUGUCUCAGAGAAGGACCCCACAGCAUGCCUCUCUUUCAAGCUUGAUAGAGUGCAUCUGGAAGUUGCUAACCGCCGCGAUGGAGAAGGGCCGAUUCUGGUACAGCCGCAGUUGCAUAUCAACCUGCGUCAAAUCUUGAUUGACGUGCAAAAGGGCAGGGAUAACGCCAUGCGAUCUUGCGGUAGCCUUGCUCUGGGCGCGCUCAUGUCGGCAAACACACGACACACGGAAGAUGGCAAGGAAGAGAGGUCCUUCAAUUUCAGAAGUGACGGACUGGAGAUUAACUUGUCGCCGGAAACCGUUUCGACAGUGGUUGCCGCCUUGGGAUACAUGGGUGACAAGAUCAAAGACCUCGACACGUCACGCGAGCUCGAAUACUUGCGCAAGAUCCGGCAAACAAGACCCCGCAUUGCCAUCAACGAUCAGGAGGAAGCGGAAGAGCCUGACAUCAUCGAUUCGUUCUUGUCGUCCAUUGUGUACCGUUUCGAAGUGCGCGAUACGCAGAUUGCUUGGCUCGUUGGUGAUCCUUCAGAUGACUUGCUGCCAUUAGCGAGCAGCAAGGAAGAUCUCAUCUUGUCGGUCCAGCUCGUCAGUUUUGGAACGCGCCAAACCAAGUCAGCCAGGCUUACCAUCGAAAACUUUCAACUCCAGAUGGUUCCUCCUGGCCAAGACAAGAGCUUUAGGUCUCUUCAUUCGGCCUUGCUCCCUGAGGUGAUCUUCAACAUCGCCUAUGUGUCCAAUCCAAACACCCGCAGCCUAGCGUUCCAAGCCGUUGGCAAAUCGCUGGAUCUGCGCUUAACAUCAGGCUUCAUAAUUCCAGCUGCUAUCCUGAAGGACUCCAUCAGCCUCUCGAUGCAGAACGUGCAACGAGCUUCUCAAAAUUGGAGCACUGGGAUUGCCCCUACUAAGACCGAAAAGGUUGACAUAAGCGAGGAGCCGACCGCGCCGCAACGAAGUAUACUUGGUACAAAACGUCUUGAGUCCCUACUAAUCGACGCAGACUUUUCGGGUGCCGUUGUUUAUGUCUCGGGUAAGAAACCAACAGAUGGGCUCCGUGGAAACCCCAGGACUGGUCGACCAUCUCUGGCAGGCAAAUACGGCCAGUUCAGCACGGAUGAUACCGGUAGCAGCACUGUUCUCAGAUCGCCAGGCCUAGCCUGGAAGCUCGAGUACCGAGACAACGGGCGCGAGGACCCUUCGCUGUACGGUGAGAUAAAGAUUGACGCGUCGAGUAAUAUUUUGUAUCCCUCUGUUGUGCCACUCAUCAUGGAUAUGACGGUCAGCGUCAAAGAAGUCGUAGGCAAGGAUAAGGAUACGCCAGCUCCUACGCAGACACCCGCUGCUGCGAAGGCCAAGCCUGGCAACGAGGAUAAUAUCCUUACGGCCGACCCAAAUGCCGUUAUUGGACGGUUGAAGCUAAACCUGGGGCUUCGGAUUUGCCGUCAGGAGUUCUCGUUGAGUUGCCAACCCAUCGCGCGUGUUGCGGCGACGACAUGUUUCGAGGACAUCUACUUCACUGUCAAUACAGUGCGCUCGCAAGAACAAGGCAAUUUCUUUUCCAUCUCCGGCGCUUUCUCCAAGCUGCAAGCGUCAGUUCAGCACGUUUAUUCCCGAGAGUCUACAGGAAGCUUCGACGUCGACUCGAUUGUGCUCUCAUUGAUGAAUAGCAAACACGUCAGCGGGACGAGCGGCGUGUCUGCCAUACUCAAGGUCAGCCCGAUGACCGUCUCGAUUAACGCCAAGCAACUCCAGGACUUUUUACUAUUCCGCGAAAUCUGGUAUCCAACUGAGCUACGGAACACGUCGACAGCCCCAGUCGCCAAGAUGAACGCCGAGACUUCACAAAGUCACCUGGUACAGAGAUAUCAGCAGGUCGCCGCAACAGCAGCAUUCCCGUGGACGGCCACCAUAUCCAUUACGUCUCUCGACGUCAGCGUAGACAUGGGCCAGGCGAUCGGCAAGUCAGUCUUCGCCAUCAAGGAAUUUUGGGUUUCAUCAAAGAAAACUUCAGACUGGGAGCAGAACCUGUGUCUUGGCUUCGAGAAGAUUGGUAUAGAUUGCACAGGCAGGUUGAGCGGCUUCAUUGCUCUUCAAAAGUUCCAGUUGCGAACCUCGAUCCAGUGGCCAGAGCGAGAGGCGGCGCUCAACGAGACACCCCUCAUACAGGCGUCCAUUGGAUUCAGCCAAUUCCGCGUAAAGGCAGCAUUCGACUACCAAGCCUUCCUCGUUGCCGAUAUCACGUCUCUCGAGCUCCUCAUGUACAACGUUCGCCGCAGCCUCGAGGGCACGGGGGAUCGGCUCGUUGCCAUCUUUGACGGAGACGCAGUUCAGGUCUUUGGCACUACAACAUCGGCAGCACAGGGCGUCGCGCUGUACCAAGCUUUCCAAAAGCUGAUACAGGAGAGGCGGGCCAACUUUGAGAUGUCGCUGCAGGAGAUCGAAAAGUUUAUGAGAAGAAGAUCGUAUCAGAACACUGCUACGUCUCCCCAUCUAACCACUACGCCAAAGUUCCGAGAGGAAGACACGCUGUCCAAGUCUCCAAUCUCACUGGAUACCGACGUUGUGGUUACGCUUAAGGCAUUGAACUUGGGCGUCUUUCCGAGCACAUUUUCCGAUCACCAGGUGUUCAAGAUGGAGGCGUUGGGGGCCGAGGCACGAUUCGCAGCCAGCAUUGAGCAGCGACGCGUUCACAGCAUCCUUGCACUUACCCUCGGACAGCUGCGAAUCGGCCUCGCCGGUGUCAGGAACAUUGAAGCGCCGAAAACGCUCAGUGAGAUAUCGGUAGAAGAUGUUGUCGAAAGGGCCACAGGCUCGCGAGGUGGAACCAUCCUCAAAGUACCCAAAGUUGGGGCGGUCAUGCAGACAUGGCAAACACCCAACCAAAACCGGAUCGAAUAUAUCUUCAAGAGCGCCUUUGAGGGCAAGGUUGAGGUGGGAUGGAACUACUCACGCAUCAGCUACAUCCGUGGGAUGUGGGCCAACCAUUCCAAGUCACUGGAGCAGACCUGGGGCAAAGAGCUCCCGCUCACAGCCAUCAAGGUUUCGGGAGUGCCGGACACGGAGGAGCAGCAGACGGGCGGGUCGUCGCAGCAAAAGAUCACGGCCGAGGUCACGGUGCCGCAGUCCAAGUAUGACUAUGUGGCGCUCGAACCGCCCAUCAUCGAAACGCCUCAGUUGAGGGACAUGGGCGAGGCGACGCCACCACUAGAGUGGAUUGGGCUUCACAGGGACCGACUGCCCAAUCUGACUCACCAGAUUGUCAUUGUAGCCUUGCUCGAGUUGGCCGGCGAGGUGGAGGAUGCCUACUCUAAAAUAUUGGGAUCAUAA